CAGGCGUCGCCGCAAAGUUGUAGAUGUUUUUCAUUCAUGUCUAGCGGUUGUGGACAACUGGUUGUCGCUUGUUUCACCAAUGUCGUACAAAAAGACGUGCUACUUGUAAACUCCCGGGCAUGUCGACAACCCCCAACAAGGGUGGUCUGACAGGAGCUUCCAGCAUGGUGAAGAGCAGCACAGACAUGCUAACAUCUACAACGACCAACAGCGUUGUGGCAGGUCACUCAACACCACCUAAACUGACUCCCAAGGAUUUCAUAUUUGGAAAACUCAUUGGCGAAGGGUCCUACUCAAUGGUGUACCUGGCCAAAGAAAUGCGUACCAAUAAGGAAUAUGCAGUAAAAGUAUGCUACAAAAACCACAUUCUUCGUGAGCGGAAGCAGAAGGCGAUAAUGCGUGAGAAACAAAUCUUGCGCAUCCUGAGCAGUCGACCUCACCCAUUCUUCAUCCGUCUCCACUCGACAUUUCACGACUCUGAAAAGCUCUACUUUGUGGUCAGUUAUGCCAAGCACGGAGAAUUGUUGCCUCACAUAGUCAAGUAUGGAUCCUUUGAUGUGGACGUGACCAGGUUUUAUUCGGCAGAGAUUGUGUCCGCUUUGGAACAUUUACAUUCUUUAGGUAUAGUGCAUAGGGACUUGAAACCAGAAAACAUUCUCCUCAACGACAAGUGGCACAUUCAAAUCACAGACUUUGGGUCAGCCAAAAUAAUAUCGAGAGAGGUAUCUGAUGAAAUUGAUAUAGGUGAAAUGGAGCUCAAUGGACACAAUUCGUUUGUGGGCACGGCACAGUACGUCUCGCCCGAAAUGCUUUCUGACAAGAGUUGCUCCCCAAGCACAGACUUGUGGGCUCUGGGUUGCAUCGUCUAUCAAAUGAUUUCUGGUCUGCCACCUUUCAGAGGACCUAACGAGUAUUUAACGUUCCAAAAGAUUAUGAAAUUGGAAUACAAAUUUCCGGAUGGUUUCAAUCCAGUCGCGAAAGAGUUUGUACAGAAACUUCUCGUAAUUGACCCGAAUGAACGGCUGGGUGCAAAUGGGGGCUACGUUACGCUUAAGGAACACGAGUUUUUUGCCGGCGUACCGUGGGAGAGGUUACCGGAAACGGAGCCUCCCAAGAUGACGCCCUUCUUGCCGGGCACUUCGAGCAACGAAGAAUUGCGUUCCCAGUAUCAGGUACCUGACGACCUGGAACCUGGCUUGGAUGACAAACAGAUGACCCGCAUCUUAGGACUGGCACUCUUAGAAGAUGACGCCACAAAAUCAACGUCACCUCAUCGCAUUUCGAGGUCGCACCAACACAUUCUGGACAUCACGGCGGAUGAGCAUGCAGCGCGCAUGAAAAAACAGACGGAGACGAAUCCUUACCACAAGUUUGUCGAGGGAAAUCUCAUCUUGAAACAGGGACUGGUGGACAAACGAAAGGGUCUGUUUGCGAGACGACGCAUGCUGUUGCUGACAACAGGGCCACAUCUUUACUACGUGGACCCAGCCAACAUGGUACUCAAGGGAGAAAUUCCUUGGUCCGCAAAUCUCAGGCCAGAACCCAAGAACUUCAAAACUUUCUUUGUGCACACGCCCAGUCGUACAUACUACCUGGAAGAUCCAGAGGGCUACGCUCUAGCCUGGUGCAAAGCCAUAGAAGAAGUUCGCAAGGCAACCUACAGCCAGACGGAGGGCACGUUGACGUCACAACCAAAGAGAAUUUGAUGCCAACAAUGCUCUCAAUAGUUGGCCUUUCUUUUCAUUGGCUUCUUUCUUGGCUAAUGCCAUCUGGAGUUUUUUGAAUCAACGCAUUUUUCCUAAAAUGGGAUAUUUUAGGGUUUUAUGACACAUUUUUAUCUCUGCGUACUCCAUAGAGUUGCGCGUGUCUUUACAAAAAUUGGCUUAUCUUAGGAUUGUGCAAAUGGCUACAUUUGCGUCAAGAAAUUUUUCUGCAUUGAUGCCGCAAUAACACAUUUUUUAAUCUUGCUGGCAACAAGCUUGCCAACAUCGAAACAAGAACUUAAGUUAAAAAAGGACGUUUUUGUAAUAUUGUACCAAGUUGUGCUGAGAGUUGUUUGGUGAUGCAAGUGUGUAUUGACGGAUGCAAGAUUUUUUUUUUUUUUUUUUUUCCAAUAAUAAAGACUGUGAUCCUCUUUUUGA